UUGCUAUCGUCAAAGUGUUUUAAAGUAAGGACCGAUGAGAUAUUGGAGACCAGUCGAAACACAAACCUCAAGAUGGAGUAAAGGACAAAGAAGAAGGGCUCCGAGGUCGUGCCCUCGUGCGCUGGCGCGAGGGGCUCAUGUGGCACAGGAAAAGCUCGCUCGCACCUUCGAACACGCCGGUGGCCGUGGCGCGCGCAUAUCCGAGCAUCUCUCCGAAGAACGGACCUGGCUUAGUGUCACCCAUGGGAAUCGAUGUACCCGACGGCAUCCGAACUUAUCGUCUCCUCCACGGAGGCGCAUCCGCCAUCUCGGAAGUGUCGUCACCCCAGAAGAAGCCUUCCUCCAUAUUGCACGUCCUACUUCCGGAGAAAGCCAAGGCCGACGUGUCCUACAUGUCCAGCUACUUGGUCAUGGAGGACGUCCUCCCGUGGAACUGCGACCUUGUGGUCAAGACGGUGAACACGGCUGAGGAAGAGGCUUGCAGCAGCAGCGCCGCUCAUCGGAGGAGGCUGGUUGCGAGGGCCGGGCGCAACCGGUUCGUUGAGAUGGACGUCAAGGACAACCUGUCUGAGUACAACUCCAUGCAAGCACCCUGCACCGUGCAAGGAGCUGGGCACGAGGUCGAGGACGUAUCGAAGGGCACCGGGCACCGGGGGAUAUACAGUUCCGAGAAGCCUAUUACGCGUGGAGUGGAGGCUGCCGUGAGUGGGAAUCACCAGGACAAGGAUUGGAGCGCAGUCGCUUGGCCCGAUUACAGGUUCGAGGUCUUGGGCUGCAGACCACACAUGAACCUGCGCGACACGCUGCCGCUUCGGCUGGCGGCGCUGAACUCCUGCAAGGCAGAGCGCAACCGCGACAUGGACGGGAUGGCAACGCCAAGCAGCAGCUGCCUUUGGAGGCUACCCACGAGGUUGCCCCGGUCCAGGCUUGCUGGCCGUACGGUGGUGUAGGCGCGGGACGCAGCCCGAUGUCGACCGGAGGCGGCCGUCAGUUCGUGCAGCAUCGCGCUUGUGCCGGCCGUCAUCUCGGCAGCACCGCGUCCUGGCUGUCGCUGCGGAACAGCAGCAGGUCCUCCGGGCGCUCGUGCUGCUUCCCAUCCUGUAUUGUCGGUAGCUGAGGAGCAGACGGUGCGCUCGCUGCUGUCAACGUGACGGGCAACACCCGACUCUUCACUAGACGCGUGGAGGCGGGUUGUACAGCCCGCCACGCUGAGCUGCUGGUCUCGUCGGCCGAGGCUUGUCGAGCACGCUCGCGGCUACCGCUGCGAGCUAGUCUCGGCGACGCUGAACUCGGGACGAUCGUGCAGCGAAACGGGGGGCCCGCUCUCUUUCGGCGCCUGUGUUUAUCGUUUGAAUUUUUUUGGAUUUUCGCAAUUUAUUCGUGUGAAUGUUUUAUUGUUCUAUGUGCUUGAAAUAAACUUUAUUGUACUUGAA